AAAGUUGUUUGCACACGCCAAUGAAGAAGGAAAAGUGCGACAACAAAGAAGAAGAAGAAGAAAUGGAGUAAAAAGCGACUUUCAUCGUUUUGUUUUGGGUAGAUGCUAUUGCGAUAGCAAGCUAGCAUGCGAGCUAGUUAGCCACUCCAUAUAUACUAAGUGUUCAGCGCCCAGUAAUGAUGGCAGACGACAUCCUGUUCGAGUUUCUUCACAUGGAGAUGGUGUCUCAUAUUUACAAAGAGCAGACGACUCGGGACGACAUCGAAAAGGAGAGAGUAACGUGUGUGUCAGUGUUAGAGGGAAUGGGCUUCAGAGUGGGACAAGGACUAAUCGAGAGGUUUACAAGGGAUUGCCCCACAUUUAAAGAUGACCUGGACAUUAUGAAGUUCGUGUGUAAAGACUUCUGGAACGUUAUCUUCAGAAAACAAAUCGACAACCUGAGGACCAACCAUCAGGGAACGUACGUCCUCCAGGACAACAGGUUCCCGCUACUGACUCAGGUUUCCUGCAAAAAGCAGCAGCUUGAAGAAUCUUCUAAAUAUUUGGCCUACACGUGUGGUUUAAUUAGAGGUGCCUUAUCUAACCUUGGAUUGGAGAGUGUGGUGACUGCUGAGGUUUCCUCAGUGCCAUCAUGCAAAUUUCAAGUUGUGGUCCAGAAAAUCUAAAAUGGACAAACACCUUUCCUCUUUCCGUCCAACGGAUGCAAUAACACGGAUCCUUAUUGUUUACGAAGAAGUCGGUGUUUACAGGUUUUACGUCUGCAGACAGAAGUUACAGUCGUGCAGGUAGAACAAGACAUGAUGCAAGAACCAGCAAGUAAAAAUGAAUCUCGCUCAGCAAACACCGCACCGCGAUUUAGCACACAUAACAUAACCGAACGCAAACCAAGUGGCCGUCUGUGCUACAUUUGUAAUCCCGCACAGAAACGGCAGGAAAUGAUAACCCAAGGGACCUACGGUACUAUUAAGUAGUCAAAAAUUGCGCACCUCAGCCCGAUAAUCUCCAUCGAAUCUUACUAAAGCGAAACACAACAAUGUGAAGAAUGUAAUCUACCUCUGUUUCCACAAAAUUAACAACGAAAAAUAUGCAUCCAAAAUGCUGCAUAUAAACAAAUAAAUAUAUAUAAUAUAAACUGAGUUUAAAUUAUUCAAUUUGUCAAUUAUUUCUUAAACAAGUAGAAAUUACAAUUAGACAAAUUAGAUGUUUAAUUUCUUUCUUUCUUUCUUUUUAUUUAUUUUUUUUUUUGUGAAAUUCCGAACGCUUUGUAGCUCCGUUUUAAAAAAGCAAAUUGUUUUUUAGUCACAGACUAAAUUAUUCCACUCACCUUCAUUUCUUUUGUUGGUUAUAGUUAAAAAACCCAAGAAACAACUAUUUAAAUGCAUUGUUUUCUUUAUCACUUUUUUUUUUUUUUUUAGCAAACAUUUUUGUGACAAUAAUAGCAAUUUGUUGUGUUCCCCCUGUUCGCAGCAUGUACAUUGUAAAUGUUCAUACACACAAAUACAUGAUAUAUUUAUAAAUUUGUGUAUAUGUAUGUACUUGUAUCUGUCCCCUUUGGCUCUAUGCAACUUCUAUUAGUGAAAGUGAAUUUUUGUAUUGUUAAGGGAAUCAAUAAAAGCAGUUUGGAAUUUA